AGAGACCCUGGAUGGGACUACAUGUGAUUUAUGUUGGGUAACGGGGUGAAGCGGAAACUGGACGAGGAUGAGGACGGUUUGGAGGAAGACAGACGUCCUCCGGGUGUCGUCGGCGUGUCGCAGGCGUCCUUCACUCUUCAGCGUCAGACCGUCCUCAACAUGUCCCUCAUGAAGCUGUACGGACCGCGGAUGGGCGCCGACUUGAACCUGCAGCGGCGAGUCCUCAUCAACAACAUCAUCCACCGGAUCCACGACGACUUCAGGCAGGAAGGAGGCAUCGGCGCGCUCUUCUUCUCCGCUGCGACGCCCGCAGCCGCCGCUCUCGAGGACGCCAACUAUCGGCAACCACCGCCGCCAUCGUCCUCCUUCAGCAUCCUCUCGUCCUCGCUGUCGGCACUGGACUCCUGCCUGACUCCCGCUUCACUGCUGGAGGAGGAUCUUCCGAUGUUCUUCACCCUGCCGCCCUCAUCCCCCGGCCAUCACCACCACCACCACCACCUGCACCAUUCCCCUAGGUUGCCGCCACCUUCGCCGUCGCCGAAAGACAGUUUCUCCUCAGCCCUGGAGGAGAUCGAGGAGCUGUGUCCUUCCUCGUCCUCGGGUUCGCCGUCGUCACCUCCGUCUCGGGUUCUGUUUGACGUCGUCAUGAAGGAGGAGGGGCGAGGCUUUCAGGAGAUGGAGACCCGGUUGGAGAAACCUCCUCCACCUCCUCCUCUUCCUCCUCUUCCUCCCAGCACCACAGACACCUCGCCGUCCUCCCCAGGCGCCUUCCUGACAGACUUUGCCCUGGACGACGUUCUCUUUACAGACAUUGACACGUCCAUGUACGACCUCGGCCCGUGUCCGCCCCCGCCGGGAGCACCCCCGACCAAGAUGUCGCCCGUUGUGAUGGCGGACGACCUGGUGCGGUCGAUGUCCGGGUUCGGCUCGGCAGGGGCCGGCACUCAGAACCAACCUUUUAAAAUGGACCUGGCCGAGCUGGAUCACAUCAUGGAGGUGCUGGUGGGCAGCUGAGGACACGUUUUAUUACUUUCUGUUCGUUUUUGUACAGUUUUUAAAAGUGACUUCACACUGAUCUUCACUCUGGAGGAUUUCAAGUUGCUGCGUGUGGAGUUUUAACAUCGAUGAUCCAGGCGUUCAUCCAGGAGAAACAUCUGAAGGUUUUGUAGGCUGAGAAUAAGGAGAUGGCAGGUGGUCGAAGG